UAUUGGGGUCUCACCUAACAAUCAUGGUUAUGGCUGUACGUUUCUCUUUCUUUGUUAUAUCCUCCAUCCUUUUUGUCUCCGCUGUUACAGCGGAGACGUUGACUACCGACGGUGAGGAUCCAUUGAUCAGGCAGGUAACCGACGGACAGGAUGAAUCGUCGGCGAACCCUAAUCUUCUCGGCGCAGAGCAUCACUUUUCGCUAUUCAAAAAGAAGUUCAAGAAAACGUAUGCAUCACAAGAAGAGCAUGACUACAGAUUCAAGAUUUUUAAGUCUAAUUUAAGACGUGCGGAACGUCACCAGAAACUGGACCCCACAGCCACUCACGGUGUGACUCAGUUCUCCGAUUUGACUCAUUCUGAGUUUAGGAGACAGUUUUUGGGGCUGAGAAGAUUGAGAUUGCCUAAAGAUGCUAAUGAAGCACCGAUGUUACCUACUAAUGAUUUGCCUGCUGAUUUUGAUUGGAGAGAGAAAGGAGCUGUUACUGCUGUUAAAAACCAGGGUUCAUGUGGAUCAUGCUGGAGUUUUAGUACUACAGGGGCUUUGGAAGGUGCUAAUUAUCUGGCUACUGGAAAACUUGUUAGCCUUAGCGAACAACAGCUUGUGGAUUGUGAUCAUGAGUGUGAUCCUGCAGAAGAAGGUGCCUGUGACUCGGGCUGCAACGGUGGGCUGAUGAACAGUGCUUUUGAGUACACUCUCAAAGCUGGUGGUCUUAUGCGUGAGGAAGAUUAUCCUUACACUGGUACUGAUCGUGGUGCUUGUCAAUUUGACAAGACUAAGAUUGCAGCUAAAGUUGCCAACUUUAGUGUUGUCUCUCUCGACGAAGAUCAAAUUGCUGCCAAUCUUGUGAAGAAUGGCCCUCUCGCAGUGGCUAUCAAUGCCGUAUUCAUGCAGACAUACAUUGGGGGAGUUUCAUGCCCUUACAUCUGCUCAAAGAGGCUGGAUCACGGAGUGCUUUUGGUAGGAUAUGGCUCAGCUGGCUAUGCUCCAAUCAGAAUGAAGGAGAAGCCUUAUUGGAUUAUCAAGAACUCUUGGGGAGAAAACUGGGGAGAGAGCGGAUACUACAAAAUUUGCAGGGGUCGCAAUAUCUGUGGCGUCGAUUCCAUGGUCUCAACUGUUGCUGCUGUUCAAACUGCCUCCGAGUAGGCUGCUUACGCCAGAGUAGUAACUGGAUCUUUUGUAUAUAUGCAAUGCUACCAAAAAAAAGAACUGUCAGUUUGAUAAUUAAUUUCAAAUUAUGUACUUGUCAUAUUCGGCGAAAGCAUCGGUUGGAAAUUUCUUGGAAAUUCCUAUGCUUUGGGCUUGUUGUCAGAACAACAUUAAAUUAUCGGAUUGAAAUUUCAUGGAAAUGUGCUAUCGUCUUGCUUUGUCAGGACGUUGCUGAA